AUGACAACGUGGGCAGUCAGGUGUUGGGGCUGAUAGUAGUCGGUGGUGGAAGGUGUUGCACUUCUAUACAACAAUUAUGUCAUGUAAAGAGCAAAUACAUAAUAUUGAAGAGAAUACGACGGAUGAAACUCUUAUUAAGAAAUGGAAAACUAAUAAGAGAAGGUGGAGGCUGACGAGUGAGGAGCGUUGGUGGGUCUGUUACAUCACCCUCACCAUGCUGGCCCUCACUACCCGCCAGGCCUCCCUCGACCAGCCCUCGGGAACACUGUGGGACGAGGUUCACUUUGGUACGUUCGCUAACCACUACAUAAACAGAACCUUCUACCAUGACGUUCACCCUCCCCUGGGCAAGAUGGUGAUCGCGGGGGCAGCUUGGCUCUCUGGGUAUAAUGGGAGCUUUGAGUUCACCCAAGGCAAGAGAUACACCCCUGAUAUAAACUAUGUGGCCAUGAGAUCCAUGAUGGCAGUGUUGGGGUCGUCACUAGUGCCAUUAAGCUUCCUGCUGGUGUGGGAACUGUCUGCCUCCCUUGGUGCCUCCAGCCUCGCCGCCCUCUGUAUCCUGACGGACACGUUUAUUCACCGCCUCAACACCCUGAUACUGCUGGACCCUCCACUGCUGGCGUCUAUCUUGGCCUCAGUCUACUGCAUCACCAAGUUCCAUAACCAGAGACACAGGGCGUGGGGAUGGGCGUGGUGGGCGUGGUUGUGUCUCACGGGCGUUUGUCUGGGCACGGUGAUGAGUGUCAAGUACGUGGGCGUGUUUACUGUGGGAUUCGUCGGCUGCCACACGGUCUAUCAACUAUGCUGCCUCGCCGGGGACCCCCACACCCCUCUGUGGAAGGUGUUGCCUCAUACAGGAGCGCGGGCCGUAGCUCUCAUCAUCCUUCCCACCCUCGUUUAUAUCUCAUCCUUCGUCGUUCACUUCUGGAUUCUUAAAUCUUGGAACCCCAACGCAGGAGGGUUUUAUCACACCAAGUUCUUCGCAGCGUUUGACAACACGGAGUACGACAACCUAACCCUUCCUGAAUAUGUGCAAUAUGGCGCCAACUUGACCAUCCAGAGCAGCCGACCCAUCUGUGGCUUCCUCGAGUCUUGGUUCGAUCUCUUCCCCUCGGAGUGGACAGCCCCCUGCCAACAAGUGACCACCUCUACUCUUAGGGACCACGAGGCCCUCUCCUGGAUAAUCAAGAAGGUAGACUUAGAUGCUGGGGCUGUGAUAGAUGGGAAGGACCCGCAGCAGGAGGUGGUAUUGGUGCGUAAUGGUGACUAUGUGAUGCUGACCCACGCAGAGACUGGCCGCUCCCUGCGCUCACAUGGCCACCGGGCGCCCAUCACCAAGAGGCACUUCCAAGUCUGUGGUUACGGUGAUGACGGUGCUGGUGGGCCGUUCGAGACGUGGCAACUGUUAAUACCCGGGGAGGAGGUCGGGGUGCCCCUCACCACCAUUAGUCACGAUUUCCUGUUGAAACACUACAAGAUGAACUGUUACCUCAAGGCCAACGAGAAGGUCAAGCUACCCCCAUGGGCGUUCAAAGGGGCGAAGGAGGUGACGUGUACCAAGAACCGUGAGCAGCCCGGGAUUGAGUGGCACAUCAACUGGAACGUCAGCCCCAUGGUGAACAAGACGAUAUCGGUGAGGGACAAGACGGUGGGUUUGUGGGGCAAGAUCUUCUUCCAACACCUUAACAUGUUUAUCGGGAACGCCGUCCUCAUCACUGGUGACGACAAUGACCGUAACGCCAGACCCUGGAUGUGGCCUACAAAUUGGCAGAUCCAGCUGUUGGGGUCAUUCCCGGAGAACAAGACUGCUGAAGGCGGAGGUGAGGACGUAUACGCUGUAGGCAUGACCAACCCUUUACUCACCUACCUCAACCUGAUGGGUCUGGGAGGCGUCUUAGUGCUGAGCCUCGCCCACAGCUACUGCAAGUCCCGCUGCCCACACCAGGAUCCUGCCCUUGUUGAAGCUCGAGGGAGGACCUUGGUGACGUGCUGGUGGUUGUUGUUGUGUUGGGCCAUCCACUACCUGCCCUUCUUCUUUAUGAGUCGUGUCCUCUACUACCACCACUACUGCCCCUCCUACCUCUUCUCCUGUAUGAUUACUGGAGUGUUGUUGUCAUGGAUUUGCGAGACUUUAUCCAGGAAGGUUAGAGAUGACCUCCGUGAGGAGUUCUUGGGAGCGCUGCUCCUGGUGCCCGUCUCCGCCCUCUUGGCCUCCUACAUCUACUUCUGGCCUCUAGCGACCUACAUGAGGGGCGAGAUCUUCGAAGCCAACCCAAGACUCAACCCCGGCCUCGACUUCUUCUACUUGGGUCAGCUGUGGCCUGAGUUUGGCUACAGGAAGAGCGAGUUUCAAACUAUAUCGACUACCUUGGUUGACCGCUGGUUGAAGGAUCAUCUGCACAACCCCGAUAUCAACGCCACCUUGUACUACACGACGCCUCUCGACAACACUGCCAGUCACCCCAGUGCCCUCCAGCCCGUCCCCGCCUCCAACUAUAGCCUCUGGACCCCUGGUGCUGUGGACCCUGUGGGGAUACUUUAACACUUAGAAUAUAUUCUUAGUUAAUUCAAUGAAAGUUAUUAAAGGUUUUACUUCCAUUAUUUAUAGAGACUGGGUACCUGUUCAAAUUAAGUGAUAAAUUAAUGGAAUAAAAUAUGUACUGUAAGGUAUAAUACCAGAAAAUAUUUAACAUUUAUUUAGGAUGGGGUUCGACCGGAAAGGGAAAGUGACAUUGAAAACACUUUUUUCAUUAGUCUUUAAUAUGUACCAACAUAUAUCCCAGAUUUAUGAAACAAAAGACACAUUCUUUGGAUGGGGUUAACAGAACAGAUAAUCUUUAGUGUCCUUGAAAACAAAACAUGGAUUUUGUUUAAUAAAAAAAAUAAAUAAGCUCAAAAUUCUCUUAGGUCAAAACAGGCAGCGGAUGACCUACCAAACACAGGAUGACCCGCCUUUGGCCUUCACGCCGUCAAAACCACACAAUUGCUACAGUACGAACCACGUACAAAUUCCGAAAUAAAUCAUUCUAAGAA